GGAAGAGCUGCCUUCCUGGGGACAGGAGCAGUGCAAGGACAUGGCAUGUGAAGCAAAGAAAGGGAAAAAGGGCUUCGUGUCUCCCAUCAAGCGGCUGGUUUUCCCGAAGGCGGCCCGCAGGCAGGCCCUCAAGAGCAGUCUGUGCCGCCGUCCUUUGCACUCCGUCCCACUGUACCCUCCAGACUAUCUCAUCGACCCUCAGAUCCUCCUCCAUGACUACGUGGAAAAGGAAGUGAAGUUUUUAGGUCACCUGACUUGGAUAACGGCUUCUUUGAAUCCUUCCAGUCGUGAUGAGCUGUUGCAGUUGCUGGACACCGCAAGGCAAUUAAAAGAGCUUCCUCUGAAGACGACCCCCGACCAGGACAGCAUCCUGAGCCUUUCGGCACGCUGCCUGCUUCUUACCUGGAGGGACAACGAGGAGCUCAUCUUGAGGAUCCCCACCCAUGAGAUUGCGGCUGCCUCCUACCUGCGGGAUGAUGCUCUGCACCUCCUGGUGCUCAAAACAGGCUUAGGUGUUGACCCGGUCCCUGCAGGGGGCAGCUUGGACAUUUACCCAGGAAGUGCACAAGAGAAGAUAUUCCCCGGGGGACCAGCUGAGAAGAGACCAAUGGAGCCCCGGCAGCUGGGGGGUACCAUGGAACGGCGCCACACCAUCUGCAGCCUGGACUGGAAAAUGGCCCGGAGUGGGGUGGAGGGGAGGCCGAGCGGGGGCGGGAGCCUGGAGAGGAAGCAAGGCACGGGCAGCUGGGAGAAGCGGCAGGGGCCCGCAGGCAGCAGGCCCUUUGGGAGCUGGGAGCGCAGGCAGACCUACAGUGGGAGCUGGGAGCGCCGCCCUGCAGGCAAAGCUGGGGGCAGCUGGGAGGGCAGAAACACUGGGAACAACCCCCUGGACCCCAAGGAGCCCAGCCCCGGAGCCUACUGCAACCUCAUCAUCCUGGCUGUGGCUAACAGAGACACAGCCGAGGAAUCAUGUGCUCUCAUCUGCCAGGUUUUCCAGAUCAUCUAUGGGGACCAAACCAUUGAGUGCGUGGACCGGGCUGGCUAUCACUACACAUCCACACCAAAGCGUCCUUGGCUAUCCAGCCGAAGUGAGAGCUGCCGGACGGAUGGGACGUAUGGCUACGACGCUGAUUUCAGCUGCUGUAGCUCUUUUGAUGGUUCCCACGACACCUUUGAAGCCUACUGCAGUGGUGCCUCCUCCCCCUCCUUUCAUCAGUCACAUCACAGCCUGGCUACGGCCUGCAGCGGGAGCGACCAGAGCGGGGCUGGCCUGGAGCAACUGCAGGACUACAUGAUCACGCUGAGAAACAAGUUGACCCCGCAGGAGAUCCAGCAGUUUGCGCUGUUGCUCAGGGAAUAUCGCAUGGGGCUAGCGGUGGAGGAAUACUGUGCUGGUCUUCUCCAACUCUAUGGAGAAAAGCGGAAGUUCCUUCUGUUGGGGAUGCGGCCGUUCAUUCCCGAUCAGGACAUUGGCUACUUUGAGAGCUUCCUGGAAAACAUUGGCAUCCGGGAAGGGGGCAUCCUGACCGACAGCUUUGGGCGCAUCAAGCGGAGCAUGAGCAACACCUCGGCCUCAGCCGUGCGCAGCUACGACAGCUGGUCCCUGCGCUCCGAGUCGGAGUCUUUCAAUCGCAUGAUCACAGACAUCACCCACGACAUUGAGGCCCUGGCGCACGACGAAGAGGAAGAGGAUGAUGAAGGCAACUAUCUCUGAGGAGGAGGCGCCGAGGCCUGGAAGGUGGAGGAGGCGAGCCAGGAACUUCGGAAAGCACCUAAUACUGAGUGAGACUCUUGGUCCAGCUUCUGCCUCGUUGGCUACACCAGACCAACACUUCUAUGCAGGUUCCAGGCAGGAACAUAGGAUACUGCCUUAUUCUGAGUUCAACCAUCUAGCUCAGUAAUGCCUACUCUGGCUGGCAGCAGCUCUCCAAGGUUUCAAGCAGGCGUCAUUCCUAGUCCUACCUGGAGAUUGAACCUGGGCCCUUCUGCAUGCAAAAUAGGUAUCCUGCCGCUGAGCCAUGGCCCUUCCCCAGCCUUUAUAUGGAGAGACAACUAAUACUGCUCCGAAUCCUUCUGCUAAGACAGACAAUACUGGAAGAGGAAUUGAGUCAGUGACAAUGAUGAGGGGAUUUCUGGGUCCCACAGCAGACACGAGUUGCCCUUUUCUCUCUUCUCUUCACAGUUGUGAAACUGAUCAGCAUGGGAACAUCCAGCAUUGGGAGGCAGUAUACCACUCAUAGAAUCCUAGAAUGAGUUGGAAGGGAUCUGUAAGGUCAUCUAGUCUGACCCCUUCCUCAAUGCAGGAAUCCAACUUGAAGCAUCCCCGAGAAGUGGCAGUCCAGCUGCCUCAAUAGUAUUUGCUGGGGGCCACGAGUGGGAGAGGGCUGGCAUGCUCAUGUCCUGCUUGUGAACUUCCUGGGGUGGGGUGGGGGCUCUGGCUGGCCACUGUGUGACACAGGAUGCUGGACUAAAUGGACGUUUGGUCUGAUCCAGCAGGGUCCUGCUCAUUCUCUGACCAUUCUCAAUUGCCCCUGAAAAAUCAGGUCCGCAGUCUUGGGGUGAUUCUUGAUUCCGAGCUGUCUAUGGAGGCCCAAGUUUCAUCGGUGUGCCGAGCAGCUUGGGGUUAACUGCGCCUCGUUCGAAGGCUGCAACCCUAUCUUCCUGUUCACCAGCUCCUUGUAGUGCACGCUCUGGUCACCUCUCGUUUAGACUACUGCAAUGCGCUCUACGUGGGGCUACCCUUGAAAACAGUCCGGAAACUACAGCUGGUACAAAAUACGGCGGCUCGUUUACUCACGAAUAGCCGCCGAUACGAUCAUAUUACUCCAAUGCUUUACAAUCUCCACUGGCUUCCAGUUAUUUUCCGGGCUCAAUUCAAGGUGUUGGUAUUAACCUUUAAAGCCCUAUACGGUUUAGGCCCAGUAUAUCUGACGGAGCGCCUCCACCGUCAUAAAUUGUGCCGCCCUACGAGAUCUGCCACACAGGACCUGCUCUGAGUCCCGCCAACUAAAGUGGCUAGGCUGGUGAAGACUCGGGAGAGAGCUUUCUCUGUGGCGGCCCCCUCGAUCUGGAACUCCCUCCCAAUAGAUCUUCGACAUGCCCCUUCCCUAGAAAUAUUUCGCCGGGGCCUGAAGACUUGGCUCUUUAACCAGGCCUUUACAGCCUCUGAGACUUCUAGGAUAAAUUAGCCUUGUAUUGAAAUGCUGAUAAUUUAUUAUACUGAACUUGUAUGUAAUGUAUUGACUAUAUUUUAUUUAUUGUAUUUUAUCAUAUUUUACUGUAAGCCGCCUAGAGUGGCCAUUGGCCAGAUAGGCGGCCUAUAAAUUAAAGUUUAUUAUUAUUAUUAUUAUCGUACCUGCCGCAGCCAUGGCUUGCUCUCUGCAGCUUACAUACUCCUGCUGCUCUCUCAGCUCCAGAAGAUGCCUCCGAGGAGGUCUUUGGGUUUACCUCCUGCAUUCUGGCUGGUAGAGCAGCCCACCUCCAAGCAAGGUUCAAUGGAGCAAGGCUGCCCUCUGCUGGUCUACUGGAGAACACAUGCAGUGGGAACGUAAAGCCCUUUAUUGGCAGCCCUUCCCCAACUCCCCCCCCCCCCCCGUGGACUACUUGAAAAUGGCUGAGGAUCUUGGCAGCACGUUACGGUUUUUCUGCCUGGUGUAGCAAUUGCACUGAGCUGUGCUAGGUGCUGUAUGAUUUAUAACUGCAUUCUAUUGCUUAUUUUAUUUCCUGUAUAUUGAAUUCAAAUUGUAAUACGAUAAAAAUGCAAUUUGAAAAACAAGAGAAGCGAUCAAUGUACAAUUACAAAAUCAAGGAGAAUGUGACGUGCCACGAACCAGCUGAAUGAAACUCAAGGACCAGAGUUUGAGAACUUCUGUCUUGAGGUGGAA